AGGUUAAGCAGAACGAGAGGCACAAAGAGGAUGCCAGGACAAAGGAUAUAUAAAGGAGGAUGGGCCUGGGCAUCCUUAACACAAGUUAUUUCAUCCCUCCUUAGAGCAACAUCACAUCAUCAGUUCAGGAUGCAUCUAAGCACGGUGGUUGUGUUAUUCUCUGCGUUGAUCCUGGCGACAGCUGCACCAGGACCUAAUCCCAGAGGAGGAGGAGGCGGAGGUUUUGGUGGUGGAUCCAGUGGAGGAGGUGGCUUUGGAGGAGGUGGUAGACAGGGAGGAGGAGGACGAGGAGGAGGAGGAGGAGGUUUUGGAGGAGGUGGACAAGGUGGUGGGAGUGGCGGCGGCUUUGGAGGAGGUGGUGGACAGGGAGGAGGAGGACGAGGAGGAGGAGGUUUUGGAGGAGGUGGACAAAGUGGUGGGAGUGGAGGCGGCUUCGGAGGAGGUGGUGGACAGGGAGGAGGAGGUUUUGGAGGAGGUGACGGUCAAAGGGGUGGAAGUGGAGGAGGCUUUGGAGGAGGAGGUCAAGGAGGCUUUGGAGGAGGGGGUCAAGGAGGAGGCUCAGGUGGAGGUUUUGGAGGAGGAGGAGGAGGUCAAGGAGGCUUUGGAGGAGGAGAUCAAGGAGGCUUUGGAGGAGGAGGCCAAGGAGGCGGCUCAGGUGGUGGCUUUGGAGGCGGAGGAGGACAGAGAGGAGGAUCAGGUGGAGGAUUUGGAGGCGGCAGCAGCACCGGUGAAAGCUAUGCAGGUGCAACUGGAGGUAGCUAGCUUCCGCCGCUAGAAAUCUUCAACAAGGAGUCAGCAAUAAUGAUCUAGAAGUAGUUCUCUCUUGAGACAAAAGCAUCCGUGAGAGGUCUUACAUCUUCAAGCAAACCUUCUCAUGACAUCACCAAAAAAAAACCUACUUAUAAUUUAAUACUAAUGAUUGAAAUUAUUUAUAUUAUCAUAUGUAUAUGGUUCGGUAAACAAUUUCUUGUAUAACAAGAAAAAAGGUAAACUUAAAGCUUAACAUGAAUAAAAAAGUAAAAUAUAAGAA